AUGGUCGUUGAAACCCCCGACGAAAGUCAUGUCGGCGAAAACUCGAACAAAGUGCUUCACCACCAAACCGAGGCUGUUCAGGAAGUGAAUCUGCUUGGUAACGGCAGUCCAGGUGUCCGCCGAAUUGAGAUUAUCGCUUCUCACUUCCAACUUGUCGAUCGUGUUCUCCUAUUUGCAAGUAUUUUUUUGAUUGCUUAUGUGUAUGGGCUUGAUGGAACGGUCAGAUAUACCUACCAGCCCUAUGCGACUCAAAGUUAUGGACAGCACAGCCUACUUGCGACAGUUAAUGUCUUGCGAGCAGUAAUAGCCGCUGCAGCACAGCCUACUGCGGCAAAGAUUGCAGACGUUUUCGGCAGGCUCGAAUUGAUUAUUGUUUCAAUUUUGUUUUAUACUGUCGGAACAAUCAUUGAAACCUUCUCCAAGACCGUGGAGGCGUUUUGUGCGGGCGCUGUCAUAUAUCAGAUCGGGUAUACUUGCAUCAUGCUACUGGUUGAAGUUUUGAUAGCUGACUUGACUUCAACACGAUCUCGGCUUCUCUUCUCCUAUAUCCCAGCUUUGCCAUUCAUUAUUAACACUUGGAUAAGCGGCAACUUGACUACUGCUGUGCUUAAGGUCACCUCAUGGCGCUGGGGAAUAGGCAUGUUUGCUCUGAUCUACCCAGCAUGUGCUUUGCCUCUGAUCGUCGUUCUCUACAUUGUUUAUCGACGGGCCAAAGUUUCAGGUCACUUGGAAUCUUAUAAAAGCUCUCUUGAAGAGUUGGGAGGUCGUCGUCUUAUAAUAGAGCUCUUCUGGCACUUGGAUGUGGUUGGGAUUAUCCUGAUGAUCGCCAUGCUGGCUUGCAUUUUAGUCCCCUUUACCAUUGCUGGAGGUGUAACUGCGCAAUGGAAGACUGCCAAGGUGAUCACACCCCUGGUCAUUGGUAUUUUACUGGUUCCGGUUUGGGUAUACUGGGAGAGGACAUGUAAAUAUCCAAUGCUACCAUUCAAGCAUCUUAAGGAUCGAGGUGUUUGGGGCGCACUCGGAAUUGCGACGAUGUUGAACACUGCAUGGUAUCUUCAGGGUGAUUUCCUGUACACUGUACUUUAUGUGAGCUUUGAUGAAUCAGUUUUGAGUGCAACCCGGAUCACGUCACUGUACAGCUUCACAUCCGUCAUUGCCGGAACUAUUCUUGGCUUUAUCAUCAUUAGAAUUCGCCAGCUCAAGCCUUUCAUUAUUAUUGGUACCCUAUUGUUCACAGUCGCAUUCGGUAUCUUGAUCUACUUCCGUGGUGGCGCAAGCGGAUCCAGUCAUUCGGGUGUUAUUGGAGGCCAGGUACUACUAGGACUUGCUGGUGGAAUGUUCCCUUAUCCUGCUCAAGCGAGCAUUCAAGCUGUCUCCAAGCAUGAACAUCUUGCUGUUGUGACAGGAAUUUAUCUUGCCUCCUACAAUAUCGGCAGUGCGGUCGGAAAUACAAUCUCUGGCGCCAUUUGGAAUCAAGUACUUCCCCAGGAACUGACCAGAAGACUUGGUAAUGAGACUCUCGCUGCCUCUGUCUAUGCAGAGCCAUUAGCAUUCGCUGCUGUUAAUCCUGUUGGUACACCGGAUCGCGAUAAUGUGAUUUUUGCCUAUCAGAAAACUCAACGUCUCCUCUGCAUUACCGGAAUAUGUCUAACUAUACCGCUAAUAUUCUUCGCGCUCUUCAUUCGGAAUCCAAAACUUACAAAAGAGCAAACGCUUGCCAAAGCGGAAGAAGAUUCUGAAACAGAUUCGAAUCCCGGAAAUAUCUAG